AUGGCCGCACGCCGCCACCAGGUCCCUUCUCCGCUGUCCUGCUCCCCGAGGUCGGCCUUGAACUCUGCGUCUCAUCAGGAUGUCGAUUCUAUCCUCAAACAGUUAAGGUCGUGCACUCGACGUCUACAGAUUGCUCUCUCGUCGCACCGACUAGAACUGCAGGUCCUAGAACGUUUGUACUAUAAAGGCAAAAAUCAGCACCGCACAGCGCUCUUCUGGAGGCGAGUAGUUGAGAUACGGCGAUAUGGUGAUCGUCUGCAAGAAAUGGACGCGUUCAAUCUUGUGGAAAACAUAAGGCUCUUAUUCUGGGGCGAUACUACUCUUCAUAGUGCUAAAGUUCUGAAGGGACCUUGGACACACACACCAGACGUGAAUUAUGUACGCUUCGUCUUACAGCGAUGCGCAGACUGCCGUCAGUUGAUGGACAAGGUACUCCCAAAAACACUCCUUCCGGCCAUUAUCUGA